AAGGGAGGGCACUUCCGGUCAGCCAAGCAGCCGACUCCGAGGCUCUAGGCCCAAAAAGACGCUUGGGUUCCGUGUGCUGCGCUGCGACCCGCUGCCGGUUGCUGAGAGGAGAGCCGGGCGAGCUCGGAAUCCGCCAUGCCCAGUGUUGUUAACAGCAUCCCUUUAAUCUUGUUACUCUGGAGGCAGAGACAGAUUCCUCUGAGUUCCAGGCUACCCUGGUCUAAUGAUGUCAAAGAAACCAUCUAGCAGCACAGCAGGGCUGGGGAAGGGAACAAAGUAUCACUCACCUGCCAGGUUGAAGUUGGGCCUUUUGGGAGCCUGGCCUGUUCAAAAUUUUCUCAGAUACCAUGAUGAAAGCACCAAGGAACACUACUUUUGUAUCCUGCCCGUGGGCAGACUUGGGAAGGUCUGGUCCAAUGCUUAAAUGAGCUUCAUGAAGGAGUCAAGGGAACCAGGCUCUUCAUGGCCACUGUGAGCUCAGUCUGAGGAUGCAGUGACCUAUGAGGAUUUGCAUGUGAACUUUACUCAUGAAGAGUGGGCUUUGCUGGAUCCUUCCCAGAAGAGUCUGUACAAAGAUGUGAUGUUGGAAACCUACUGGAACCUCACUUCUAUAGGUUACAAAUGGGAAGACUACAAUAUUGAAGAAUAUUAUCAAAGUUCUAGAAGACAUGGAAGGUAUAUCAACUGUCAGUGUGCAUACAACUCAUGUGAGCAUAAGGGAUAUGGAAAGAAGCAAUAUACCUCUGUUUCUCCUGGAACAAUUAUAAGAUAUGUAGUAGUCCCCACUGUGAGAAGACAUGAUGAAUGUGAUACAAGUUUAUACUCUCACAUUGGAGAAAACCCUUAUGAGUACAAGGAAUAUGGAAAUUCUUCUGUCUGUACUGAUUCACUUUGCACAUGUAGUGUGACUCACAGUAUAAAAAAAUAUUAUGCAUGCAAUCAGUGUUGUAAAACUCUGAGUUCUUCCAGUUCUUUUCAAAGAUGUGAAAAAUCUCAUAUGGGAAGAGGAAGUGAUAAAUGUGAGCUUUGUACUGAUGACUUUAGCCAUCACAGUUAUCCGCAAACACACAAAACAACCAAUAAUGAAGAGGAUCUCUAUGAAUGUAAUCAACAUGAUAGUACCUUUAGAUAUGAUUCCUCUAUAAAAGUACACCAAAUAACUCAUUUAGAGGAAAAGCCCUAUGAAUAUAAUCAAAGUGAUGAAGUCUCUACAUGUCACAGUCUUCAUCAAAUACAUAGAACUCAUUCUAGAGUGAAAAACUAUGAAUAUCAGCAAUGUGAUAAAGCUUUUACAAGUCCCAGUUAUCUUCAAAUAUAUAAAAAAAUUUAUACUGGAGAGAAACCCUAUGGAUGUACUCAAUGUGAUAAAGCCUAUGCAUGUUCUAGUUAUCUUCAAAUACAUAAAAGAAUUCAUACUGGAGAGAAACCCUAUGAAUGUAAUCAAUGUGGUAAAGCCUUUAUACAGAAGAGUCAUCUUCACAGGCAUGAAAGAAGUCAUACUGGAGAGAAACCCUAUGAAUGUAAUUACUGUGGUAAAGCCUUUGCACACAAGUAUAAGCUUCUCAUUCAUGAAAGAAUUCAUACUGGAGAGAAACCCUAUGAAUGUAAUCACUGUGGUAAAGCCUUUGCAGAGAAGUGUAAUCUUCUCAGUCAUGAAAGAAGUCAUACUGGAGAGAAACCCUAUGGUUGUAAUCAAUGUGGUAAAGCCUUUGCACAGAAGAGUGAUCUUCGAAGUCAUGAAAGAAUCCAUACUGGAGAGAAACCCUAUGAAUGUAAUCAAUGUAGUAAAGCCUUUGCACAGAAGAGUAAUCUCCGUAGUCAUCAAAGAAUUCAUACUGGAGAGAAACCGUAUCAAUGUAAGCAGUGUGGUAAAGCCUUUGCACAGAAGAGUAAUCUUUUUAGUCAUGAAAGAAAACAUAUUGGAGAGAAACUCUAUCUAUGUAAUCAAAGCACUAAAGCCUUUACACUGGAGAAUUUUCUCAUUCAUAAAAGAAGUCAUACAGGAGAGAAAGCCUAUGAAUGUAAUCAAUGUGAUAAAGCCUUUGCAAGGAAGAGUCAUCUUCUCAGUCAUAAAAGAAUUCAUACUGGGGAGAAACCCUAUGAAUGUAAUCAAUGUGGGAAAUCUUUUGCACGUAGCAGUAAUCUUCACAGGCACGAAAAAUGUCAUACUGGAGAGAAACCCUAUGAAUGUAAUCAAUGUGAUAAAGCAUUUGCACGUAAAACCCAUCUUCAGAGUCAUGAAAGAUGUCAUAUUGGAGAGAAACCCUAUGGGUAUAAUCAGUACGGUAGAGAUUUUGCAUGUAACAGUCCCCUUCAGAUAAAGGAAAGAACCCUUAUUGGAGACAAACCAUAUGAAGGUAAUCAAUGUGGUAAAGACUUUUCACAGAACAAUUAUCCUCACAAUCUUGAAAGAAAUUAUUCUCGACAAAAACCCAAUGAAUGUAGUCAGUGUGGUAAAGUCUUGCCAUGUUGCAUUGUCCUUCAGAAUCAUGAAAAAUUUCAUACUGGUGAAAAUCCCCAUGAACCUAAUGAGUGAGUCAAGCCUUGCAGUCCACAUGUUUUUCCCACCGAGCUGUCUCACUGGUGCUUGAGUUAGUAGAGCCUCUCCUUAGUUAAAAUAUUGUCGCUUUCAAGUUGUUAACAUAUUGUGUUCCAAGAAUACAGAAACAUGAUAAUUUCAAUAAUAAAAUAUAUUUUCAAAUGAAACUGAUAUUUAUAUUGUCAAUCAUUAUUUUUGGAUCAUGUUACUGUAUUCUGAGGACUAAAUACUUGUUCUUAUCAUAUUCUCAGAAACAAAAAUUAAUGGCAGAGAAUUUUAUCACCAAAUUUGAUUGCUGCUAAGCCUGAUUACCUGAUAUUGUGUUCCAGGAUGGCCUUUUUAUAAAUAGAGAUCUUUUCUCAAAAAAUUCAAAACAGGGAUCUGGAAAUAUGGUUGCAUUUCCACAGGACUCAGGAUCAAUUCUCAGCACUCACAUAGAAGCUCACAACUGUCUUAAAGUCCAGUUCUAGGGGAUACAACAGGUCAUACAGGCAUACAUUCACUCAAAACACUUUUUGAUAUAAAAGAAAAAUAAAUAAUCAUUUUUGAAAGUAUUUGUCACAUAGUGUAACUUUCUCUAGCAUAAUGUGGACUCAUUUCUACUCAGCUAAGUCAUUUGUUGGGGUCAUUCACACCAAGAGAAUUGUGUUAACAAUUAAAAUAAGCAAUGUGCAGAGUCCAUUCACAAAGGGAUUGAAAUCUUCACUGAAGAAGUAUCAAGGGCUUUCAUCACCUGCAAAUGAUGGAAGGCAGAAGGGGUAAAGGGUCGGGAGCAUCUUCAUUUUUUGUACUAUAAGGACAUCUUUGUGACCUGGAGAGUUGACUCAGUAGUACUGCUGUAGCUGAAAGUUUUCUCCUGUGUCCCACUUGGCCUGCAGUCAGGACAAAUCUCUCUCACCUGCUGGUCCCACAGCCACUUGGAUCCAAGGAAACACACAAAGGUUUAUAUUAUUUAUGAACUGUAUGGCCAUUAGCUCAAGCUUAUUACUGACUAACUCUUACACUUAAAUUAACCCAUAAUUCUUAUUUAUAUUUAGCCACAUGGCUUGGUACCUUUUCUCAGUUCUGCCUUCACAUCUUGCUUCCUCUGUGUUUGGCUGGUGACUCCUUACUCAGCCUUCCUCUUCCCAGAAUUCUCCUUGUCUGCUUAUCCUGCCUAUACUUUCUACCAGCUACUGGCCAAUCAGCAUUUUAUUUAUCAGCCAAUCAGAGCAACACAUUCACAGCAUGCAGAGCAACAUCACCCAUCACACCACUGCUGUUGGUUAUCCAAGUUUGGUUCCUAGCACCUACGUCAGGUGACUCAGAAGUAUCUGUAAAUCCUGGUUCAGAGGUCUGACUCACUUUUAAUGCCUCCUUGGGCACCAGGUAUGUUAAUGGAAUAAAGGCAGAUAUAUGCAUAUACAUACACAUAUAUCAUUAUUUAUGUAUAUAUUUGUGUGUGUGUGUGUGAUAGGCGAGAGACUCCAUAUUUAAAAAGAUCUAUCUUUAUGUAUAUGUUAUGUUUCUUUUCUUAAAAUUAUUUUUGUUCAUGUGUUUGUCGGAAUAUUGACCUGGAAUGAAGUCAUGUGAGGAGAAUUGAGUGUUUGUGUGUACACUUCAAGAAAACAGGACAAGGCAAUUGUGACUUCAGUUUCUUCAAAACUCAGAAUUUUUCUUGGAAUGUGUUUUUGUGUUCUUCACAAUAUAACAGGAGUGAGCUUACUUCACAUUACUCAUCAUUGUUUGUUUUUAUUCAGUUGAACUAUGCUUUAUAUACCUUCAUGGGAAAACAUUUUUGUAUGUUUGUAUGUGGAUUGCUUUUGUCAUUGUAUAGUUUGAACACACUAGAACUUUACUCACAUAAUCUUUCUUAAACCCCAGAGUAUAAAUUAUCUAGGGCUCUUAAUAAAGUAGGUUUUUGGAUGAGCCUUUAGUAUCCCUCAUUUAUCAGCACAAUUCUCCCUGGGCUCUCCAUCUCUACAAUGGUGACAAGUGUUUCUUGAACAGGGGCCAAAAAUUGGCUGAUGAAAUGAAAGAGCGAGCUCUCUCAGAGAAGGAGGUGAGUGAGAAUAAUGGUGCAGAUACCAGAGAAGGCUUUGCCUUAUUUUGGACUUAUUUUGGAUCAUUUUAAAAGUAAGUAGAAGCACAAGUAUUAAAAGCAUAACUAUUAUACUGUGUGCAAAUUGUUUUUAACUCCUGUUCCAGAAGAAGGCAAUUUAGGUGAAGAAGUAUAGGACAGAGUUCUAAAGGAAAAUGAAAAGACAUAUAAAGAAGGGGGAAAAGAUCCCUUUUGAUUUUUGGGUCACUUGGUCCUUAACUUGGACUGUUUUCACAAUAUUAAGGAGGAUAUUAAUCAUGAAGAAGUGAAAUCAAGUUCUUGGAAUGAAUAUAAACUUCAUGACCAAAGUGUAAAAUUGGUAAAAGAGGUAAAGAUGAAUUUUUUGUUCCUGCAAAAUUGAGAGCAAAGCACCACUGACAUGGAUGCAGGUGCCAGCUCCCUCAGCUCCCUCAGCUCCCUCAGCUCCCUCCCUAGAGCCUCCUUUAGGGACAUAUCUGUGUUCUGGAAAAGACCCUGAAGCAUGAGCUGAGUAAUUUACUAAUCAAUCUGCUCUUGAAUUCUCUUCAUUUUGAUGAGAACUUAGGAGAGUCUGUUGGAAAGCUAACUUCAUUUACCAAUUGUCCUUCCUGACUUCAUGAACCACAGUUAUUCCCAGUGCAAUUUCAACAAAAUCAAAAUGUUUAACCUCUAAUUAUGCACUAACCAAUCUACUUAAAACUAUAGAAGGAUAGAUAGCACUGGACUGUUUUCCUUCACAGUUUUACAUCAAUAAAUAAUUUAUUACCUUUCUGUCCCUAAAUGUCGUAACUUAGAAGGGAUCUCAAUCACCUGUCUCUUCGACAAAAUAUCACAUUGAUGAACUAUUUUGAUGGUAUUAUGUUGAUUGGACCAUGUGAGCAGCAGGUAGCAACCACUUUGAACUCAUUAGUAACACAUAUGCCCAUCAAGGAUGGGUCAUAAAUCCAACCAAAAUUCAAAGGUCUAAUCUCAUUGAUAUUCUUAGGAGUCCAGUGAUGAUUGCUUUACAGAGAUACUACUUCUAAUGUAAAGGGUAAGUCAUUGCACCUGCCCCUCACACGACGAAAAAAGAAGCACAAUGCUUAGUGUGCCUGUUUGGAUUCUGGAGACAGCACAUUGCUCUCUUGGGUGUGUUAUUUUGGCUUGUGUGGACCUGGAACAGAAGAAGGCUCUUCAACAGGUGCUGGCGGCUGUGCAGGCUUCUAUACUACUUGGACUGGCAUACCAGUGGUAUGUGGAGUGUUAAUGUCAGAUAUGGAUGCUCUUAGGGGCCUUUGCGGGUCCUUAUAAACAACUUUUGGCAUACUAUUGGACCUUAGGGGAAACUUAACAUUUUGGCGGGUAGGGUCAGAAGACAGAUUGAGCUUCUGGACCUGAAACUCACUUAUGGCAGUAAACAUGCAUGAUAUACAAUCUUUAAAGAAACCUGAGAACAUUGUUGUGGCUCAUGGAUAAGUACCCUGCCUAGAAAACCCAAUGACGAUCUUUUGGUAUUUCUUAGUGCUGAAGCCUCUGCCUGAAUCCCCAAUGAGGUGCUUGGGUAUAGCAUAGUCCUACAGAUAUUUGUAACAUUUCUAAUUUGUAAUUUCUGGCUGUUUUGUUCAUCAUGACAAAAGAAACAUGGGGGUGUUUUUUAUUUACUAUAUUUAUUUAAUUUUACCUUUAUGUGUGUUUUGCUUCCUUGUAUGUCUGAUGCCCAUAGAAGAGAGAAGGGGCAUCAGAUCCCCUACAACAGGAUGUAAGCAUGAUUGUGUACCACAGUAUUAAUGCUGGAAAUGAAAUUCAUGUCUUCUAUGAGAAGAGUAAGUAGACUUAAAUACUGAGCCAUCUCUCCAGUCCUAAAUUUGACAGAUUAUCAAAAUUUUGUGUGUGUGCAUUCAGAUCCACACACUGAAAAGUGAGUAUUAAGAGAGUUGAUGUUUGUUUAAAAAAAUCUGUGUUUGGAAGUCGAGAUGACUCUCUAGGUAUGCUUAUUAGAUUUGGUAGGUUGAUAGAAGCUAGAGUUAGAAUUAUUUUGGGUGUUCUGGGUUGGAUGAAUUGGUAAAAGAAAGAGGUCACUCUAAGAUGAAAUUUUUAGGCCUGUGUGGCAACAGGAAUGUCAAUCCUCUGUUGACUCAACCUGAAACCACCAUUGACAGGCAUAUUUAUGGAUUCUUACACAUGAGUUUCUCAUACAAAGGUUCCUAAUCUAUAUUUUCUCUAAAGGAAAGGAUCAUGCUCCUGCUUCUUUAGUCAUUGUGUGUACUGGAUUCGGUACCCAAUAAUCCAAGAGCUUCAGGUAUGCCAAAAGUGUCUAUUGACCAAAAUCAUGCGCAGGCUGUAAUGAUCCCUCAGAAACACAAUUCUACAAAUCACAGGAAACAAUCAUUAUUUCUACAAUGAUUUUUUCAUGGUCAAAGUACUUCUCAAAAACAAAUAUUCACUCUAAUGUUUAUCCUAGAUACAGGGACUCUGCUUAAUUCCUACAACAAAUUGACAUGUAGGAAAAUCUAUAGAGUAUUUUCUUGAGUAAUGAUUAAUGGAACAGGGCCUAUCCUACUGGGCAGGUGAUCCUGAGUUGUAUAAGAAAGCAAACUGAGUAAGCCAUGCUAGCAGGGCAGAAAGCAACAUUUCUCCUGGGUUAUAGCAGAUGUGCAGAGCCUAAGCCUAUGGUGGAUAUGAAUUAGCAAAUCUGUUCCUGGACAGAUCCUCUUGAGCAUUACACAGAUCUGGAGAGUUGUUAUUAUUAAAGAGUCUAUUCUUUAUUAAGCUGUUUGUGUAAGGAAUGAUUUACCAUUGGGAAGGCUCAUUAAAUCUAAAACAGCUUCAUAUCCAGCCUUUCAGAAAAAUACUUGUGAAACAAGUUCCCUUAUGAUGACUCAUGUUGACUCAUAUUUCCUUAUCCCCAUGUGUAGUCACACAUGGUAUUGACCUUGUCCUCCUGACCCAACCUCCUAAAUUCUUGUAUUAAAUGUUUGUAACAUCAGACAAUUUUAAUAGAACCCUUUUGAGUCACACAAUGGGCUGUUCAUUACAGUAGUAGGAAAAUGAUUUGUGUGUGCAAUGUAAGUUUUCAUUUGAGACAAAAUAGAAGGAAUAGUUUAUUGUGUACACUGCAGGAGGAAACAGUCUCAUAAUGGAAAGCAUUUUAACAGGGUUUACUUACAGUUUCAGAAGUUUAGUCCAUUUUGGCAUCAUGGGGGCCAUGGCAGCACAUAACCAGACAUGGUAUAUUAAAGAUCGACAUCCUAUCCACAAGCAGCAUAAAGAGAAAGGUUCUGGACCUAGCUUGGUAACUUGAACCUUAAAGCCGACUUACAGUGACACACUUCCUCCAAAAAGACCACAUCCAUGCCUACAAGACUAUACCAUCUAAUCCCUCCAAAGCAUUCCAUGAUGACUAAACAUUCAAACAUAUUGCCCUAUAGGGGCCACUCUGAAACAGAUCACAUACUUCCAACAUGCAGUUUCCCAUCAUAAAUAUUACCAUUACAAAAGGAUGGAAUGUUCUCAUCUCCCAUCCCCUACCUACCAUUGUUGCCCCUCAUCCCCAAUUCACUCAUGGAGAUCUCAUCUAUUUUCCCUUCCCAGGGUGGUCCACGUGUCCCUCUUUGGGUCCUCCUUGUUAGCUAGUGUCUCUGGAGCUGUGGGUUGUAUUUUGGUUAUCCUUUGCUUUACAUGGAGUAUCCACUUAUGAGUGAAUACAUACCAUGUUUGUCCUUCUGAGUCUGGGUUACCUCACUCAGGAUGAUAUUUUCUAGUUCCAUUCAUUUGUCUGCAAAUUUCAUGUCAUUGUUUUUUACUGCUGAGUAAUGUAUAUGUACCACAUUUUCUUAAUCCAUCCUUUGGUUGAGGGGCAUCUAAGUUGUUUUCAGGUUUUGGCUAUUACAAAUAAUGCUUCUAUGAACAUAGUUGUGCAUGUGUCCUUGUGGCAUGAUUGAGCAUUUCUUGGGUAUAUGCCCAAGAGUGGCAUAGCUGGGUCUUAAGGAAGAUUGAUUCCCAAUUUUCUGAGAAACCGCCAUACUGAUUUCCAAAGUGGCUGUACAAGUUUGCACUUCCACCAACAGUGGAGGCGUGUUCCCCUUGUUCCACAUUCUCUCCAGCAUAACCUGUUUUCAGUGUUUUUGAUCUUAGUCAUCUGACAGGUGUAAGAUGGUAUCUCAGAGUCAUUUUGAUUUGCAUUUCCCUGAUGACUAAGAAUGUUAAGCAAUUCCUUAAAUGUCUUUUGGCCAUUUGAGAUUUUUCUGUUGAGAAUUUUCUGGUUAGCUCUGUAGUCCAUUUUUUAAAUUGGAUUGUUCGGUAUUUUGAUGUUUAGUUUCUUGAGUUCUUUAUAUAUUUUGGAGAGCUUUCAGAUGUGGGGUUGGUGAAGAUCUCCCAUUCUAUAGGCUGUCAUUUUGUCUUAUUUCCCAUGUCCUUUGCCUUACAGAAAAUUCUCAGUUUCAGGAGGUACCAUCUAUUAAUUGUUGUUCUUAGUGUCUGUGAUACUGGUGUUAUAUCUAGGAAGUUAUACAACUGUCUCACUUAUACAGAGGGCCUAGCUCAGUCCAUGGAGGCUCCGCAGGUGUUGGUCUAAAUUUCAUGAGUUCCCACUAGUUUGGUUUGGUUGUCUCUGUAGGUUUCCCCAUCAUGAUCUUGAUUCCCCUUGCUCGUAGAAUCCCUCUUCUCUCUCUUUGACGGAACUCCUGGAGCUUGGCCUGGUGUUUGGCUGUGGAUCUCUGCAUCUGCUCCCAUCAGUUCUGGAGAAAGGCUCUGUGAUGACAGUUAGGGUAUUCACUGAUCUGAUCACUGGGGUAAACCAGCUCAGGCACCCUCUCCACUGUUGCUAGCAAUCUAAUCUGGGGUCAUCCCUGUGGAUUCCUUGAACUUACCUAGCACCAAAUCUCUCCCCAUCCCCAUGAUGUUUCCUUCCAUUAUGGCUUGUUUCCUUCAUGGCUCUCCCACUCCGUCCCUCCCCCAGCUCCACCAUCCCAUAGCUUGAUCUGCUUAAGGGGCCCCCUGGCAGCAGGAUCAGGAUCCAUCCUUGGUGAAUGAUCAGACUUUUUGGAGCCCACUACCUAUGGUGGGAUGGAGGCAGGGGAAGGGGCUUGGACCUGCCUCUACUGAAUGUGCCAGGCUCUGCUGACUCCCCAUGGGAGGUCUUACCUUGUUGUAGGAGGGAAUGGGGGGAUGGUUUGGGGGGAGGAUGGAGGGGCAGGAAGAGAGAAGAGGGGAAAAAGGGGGAUCUGUGAUUGGUAUGUAAAAUGAAUAAUUUUUUUUCUUAAAAACAACAAUAACAACAACAACAAAAGUGUGGAAUAGAAGCACAGUAAGGAAAUACUGGAACAAAGCAAGGCAAAAAAUCAACUUGGCAGAUGACACAUUCUGUAUCUCCAUGUCUGAUGUCAAAGCACUCUUCAGAUCUCCAAUUCCUUUCAGCUUUGUUGACAGUAACACUCCUCUCUGCCUUAGGCUGGUUCCACAUCCUGUUAGCAGGUUUCCUUGGCAGGUAUCUAAUGACUCUGGGAUCUCCAACAUUUUGGAGUCUCCAACACAAUACAAGCUCCACCUUCACAGCUUCAGGAGAUGGUUUCUGUGGGCUUUCAUGGACAGACACCCCUUACACAUGCCUGGCCUCAGGAGCUGUCCUUAGUUUCAGAGGGAGAUUCCACAACACUUUUCCAAUAUCCUUGACUUUAAAGCCAGAACCCAAACCAAAUCUGCCCAGUUCUGCUGCUUGCUGGGGCUGGACUUGGCCGCCCCCUUCAAUUACACUUACACCAGCUUUCCACUGAUGUUUGCCUUCCCUGCUUAAGCUUCUCUUUAAUCCCAUUUCACAAUUUGGAAGCCUAGCUAAGUGGGUUCUUGCUGUGAGGUCACCACUCCCUUUGGACCAUCUAUCAUCAGACUUAUUUAAAGUUUUUAUCUCUUUGUGCAUCAGACCUAGCUCUAUUAUACUUCCUGUCUCUCCUUUGCUGCUCAAAAAUGUACAUUUUUUUCCCUUGAUCAGAUUGCUGCCUUUCAUUAUAAAUCUGCUCAAGAGGGCCCUCUAAAAUCCACAAGACAUGUCAAUAAUAGGCUAUCUUGACAAUGCAAUUAAUCUAAACCUCUUAAAUUUACCCUCCUUCAGAAUCAGGGCAGAAAGCAGCCACAUUCUUUGCCAAAGUAUCACAGGAAAUACUUGGCCAAAGUAUCUCUAGGCCACUUACUAAUACUCUCCUCUAAAACCUUUGAGCAGGUCUAUUAUAAUCUACAUUUCACUCAGUACCACUGACUUCCACAUCCCUAAUAUUCCUAGUAUGACCUAUUAAGUCCCACAUAAAGUGUUCAACCACUUUUCUAAUCCAAAGCCUCAAAGAUCACAUUCCACCAAGUAGCAUGGUCUGGCCCGUCCCAGCAGUACCCUGUUCCCUGGCACCACCUUCUUUCUUGUCCAGUGUUCUAUAGCUAUAAAGAGCAAGUAUUUUAAAGAAAAGAAUUUAUUUAUAGUUUCAUAUAUUUAUUCUAUUAUCAUUAUUGUGAGGAUCAUGGCAGCACACAGGCAGACAUGAUGGCUGAUAGUUUUACAUCCAGAUCUGCAGGCAGUAGGAGAGAAAGGCACUGUGCCUGGCUUGUGCCCUUGAAACCUCAAAGCCUAUCCCCAGUGCUAUACUUGCUCCAAUUAGGCCAUACCUUCUUCAACCAUGCCACACCUCCUAAUCCCUCCUUAGUAGUACCACUCCAGGAUGAGUAAGUAUUAAAACAUGGCCUAUGGGGGCCAUUCUCAUUCAGAUACUAUAGUAUCACCUUUUUCUAUUGUAUUUUUUUACAUAGAUCACUAAUCUAUUUACUUCUAUUCCCCAUUGUCUCCCAAUCAUUAAGAAUUUUGAUUUUUUUUAUACAUGGUUGGUUUUGUAUUUCUUUUUAGAGCAAGGUCUUAGUUUUGGUUUCUAUUGCUGUGAUGAAACACAAUGACCAAACAUGAGUUAGGGAGGAAACAAUUUAUUUGGAUUACACUUCCUUAUUACUGUUCAUCAUCAAAGGAAAUAAGGACAAGAACUCAAAUAGGGUAGGAACCUGGAGGCAGGAGUUGAUGCAGAGGCCAUGGAAGAGUGCUGCUUACUCUGGUGUUCUCCAUGGCUUGCCCAGCCUGUUUUCAUGUAGAACCCAGGACCACUGACCCUUGGGUUGAACCCACUUACAAUAAGCUGGUCUCUCCCCCAUCAAUCACUAUUUAAUAAAUAGCUUUAAACUCCAGCUUACACCUCAAUGUUUAUAGGCAUUUUCUCAAUUGAGGUUCCCUCUUCUUAGAUGAUGUUAGGCUAUAUCAAGUUGGUAACAAUCCAGCACAUUGUGCCAAAUGUGCCUUGUACUGUGCCAUUAAGAAUUGCUUUGAACACAUAAAAUUGCCUGUGCCAUCUGGUGCUGGGAAUACAGUUAUGCAGGUCAGUGAGAAGGAGCAUAAGACAAGGGAAUAGGUGUUGUAAUAGAGCUCAGUCUUUUGUUGGGGAGUUGCAAAUGCAUAGGGACCUCUGUAAGAAUCAGAAUCCAUUGUCCACUUGCAAGCUGGUAUAUUCACAGUAGAGAAAGGGAGGUGGCAGGAAGAAGGUUGAUGGGUCUAUAUUUGCGUGCAUUUGGGAUUUUCAGUGAUUAGUCAGAUAAUCAACUUUAAGUGAUCAAAAAUGUCCUGAUAAAUAAUUAUGGAGUGUCCACAGACCAGAACUCUAAAGAAUUUGGACAAACAAGUAAAUUUCCUUCUAGAAACCUAAUUACUGUAGUUGCACUAGUUCAAACAGAACAAAAGUGCUGAACACAUGGGUAUGAUUCUGACUGUCUGGGCUGUUACUUUUCUGGCUGAAAAUGUACAGCUAGAGAGGAAAGGUGUGAUUAAUCCUUGGUAUGCUCCAAAUUUUUAGUCUCUUGAGCACAUGGGACCAUGAAGCUUGAUUUAAUGCUUUAAAAUAAUUUUUGAGAUUAUGCUUGUUAAAUCUCAAAUUUGUGACAAAGUGCUGAGUUUUCUAUUAAUGUGUCAAAGCAGCCAAUGGCUACCAGUUUUUUUCUGUGUCAAGAGUACCAGGUAUACCCUCCCAAUGACUCUGAACUCUUCAUCCCAGAGACUGGGCUGGGAUUUCCUUCACCCACUUUCUGAUCCCUUUGUACAUUACAGUAGUCUUUGUAACCAUGGAGAAAAUCAUAUGUGAGAGACAGCAAAAUAAUGUAUUUGAUGCAGUAAAGCUUUGGCACACCAGUGAAAUCUUGAAACACACAAAGGAAAUCCUGUGAAUAUAGUCAAUGUGGUAAAGCUUUUUCAGGUUACUGUCUCUUCAAAGGCAGGAAAAUAUACUGGAAAGACAUUCCAUGAAUGUAAUAAAUGCAGUAAAACCUUUCAUAACACUCAUUUUUUACACUGAGUUGUCUCACUGGUAUGAUUAGAACCAUUUCAUCAAUAAAAUAUUGUCUCAUUUUGAAAUUGUAACCAUCCUGCCAUGAUAGGAUAGAAAAACACAGCUCAAUUUGAAUAAUGAAACAUAUUUUAAAAUGAAAGUGCUGUUUAUAAUGCCAUCCAUUUUUUGGUUAAGUUAGUUUAUUUUGAGGACUAAACACUUGUUCUUACCACUCUCUCAGGAACAUAAAUGAAUACCGGCAAAUUGUUCCAGUGGUCAAAGGUGGUUGCUGCUAAACCUGUUGACCUGAGUCCAUUUUCUGGGAGCCUCACAUUACUCAUACAAGUUUUCCUCAGAAUAGUUCACAUGGACUGUGGCAUAUGCACAUCCACAUACAACCACAUACAUAAAUAUUUUUGAAACCAAUAUAAUGGCCAGUGAGGUCAUCCACCAGUUUAAGGCACUUGCCAAGCUUGACUAUCUUCGUUUCAUCUCUAGUCCUCACAUAGAGGAAGUAGAUAACAUGCAUCUGUAAAUGGUCCUCUGACUGGUACAUGCAAACCAUUGCACAGGUGUAUACACAGUGUUAAAAUUUUGAAAAAUAUGAAAGUAACAAGCAAAAUAACCAAAAUAUGGAGAACAUAGGAAAUGAUUUACCAGUUGAAUUUCAUUAUAGAAUUCCAAGAAGUAUCACUGUUCACCAAUACAAUGGUGGUUCCUGUUUAAAUCUUACAUAACCCUUUCAUUCUCUGAUUCAAAGAUGGGUCAUUUGAAAAACAUAUCUCAGGUGAGCAUAGUGGUGAAUGCUUGUAAUCUCAGCACUUGGGUGACAGAGGCAGGCAGAACUUUGUAUGUUCGAGGUCAGCUUGUUCCAUAUAGUGAUUAUAAAUGUCACGUUAUAAAACUUUUCCCAGGAACACCAUGCUAUGUAGAGAGAUCCUACCCAUAAAUAAAUAAAUAAAUAAAUAAAUAAAUAAAUAAAUAAAUAAAUAGCAAUGUCACAUUAUAAAUGUCACAUUAUAAAACUUUUCCUAAUAUAAUUUGGAAUCUCUACUAAACCUUUUGCUGUUUUUAUUCACAUCAAGAGAAGUGUGUUAACAAUGACAAUUAGAAGCAAUGUGCAGAGUCCAUUUACAGAGGGAUAAAAAUCUAUUCAUUCCUUUGAUGACCUUGUAGCAGAGACUUUCAUCAUUUCUCAGUGACUGAAGACAAAAGAAAUAAUGGGGCAUUGUAACUUAAUCUUUUGCAUUAUAAUGACACAUUCAUGGGAUGGAGAGUCAACUCAUUAGUACUUCUACUGUUGGAAACCAAAGUUUGGUUACUAGCACGCACAUCACACAACUCAGAAAUACCUAUAAUUCCUGGUUAAGAAGAUAUGAUGCAUUCUUCUGGUUUCCUUGUGUACCAGGUAUACACAUGGUGCAAUGACAUGAUUGUGUGUGUGUGUGUGUGUGUGUGUGUGUGUGUGUGUGUGUGUGUGUGUAUGUGUGUGUGUAUGUGUGUGUGUGUGUGUGUGUAUGUGUGUGUGUGUGUGUGUGUGUGUGCGCGUGUGCGCGCGCACGCCUCCAUAUUGUGAAGAGGACUUUCUUCAUAUAUAUGUUAUUUUUUAAAUUAAUUAAAUUGUGUAGUUGGAAAAAUGUCAAGGAAUGAAGUAAUGUGAGGAGAAUUCUGAGUGCUUAUAUUUACACUCCAAGAAAACAGCAAAAGUAUCUUGUCCUUCAAACCACAGGAUUGUUUCUGGAAUGUACUUUUGUGCUUCUUUCAGGUAUAGCAGAUAGUAAUGCUUUUGCCUUAGGUUACUCCUUUUUGCUUGGUGGUGGCAGUCAUCGAAACAUGCAGACUAUAUUUCGUAUGCCUCUAUGGAAGAACCUGUUUUGCCGCAGUUUGUCCUUGGGAUUGUGUACAUCCUUAACUCAUGAGAACUUUGCUUACAACUUUUUUAAACCUUAAGAAUAAAAAUUGUGUAGUACUCUGAAUAAAAUUAGCUAUUUCAUGAAACUUUA